AUGAUUGCUGCUCCGAGUCCCCUACGGAAGCGAUACUUUGGAAUACCAAGCUGGUUCUACUCCUACGGAGAGGCGACUGCCCUGGUGGUUGAACUUGCGUUCUAUCCGACGUUUAUCAUAGUUUGGGUGUCGAAGCUGUUUUGCAGCUCCGCCACAGUGGCCAUCGUGCUGAACGGUUUAAGGACGGAACUUCAGAUAUUGGCGCAAUAUUAUGGACACAUCAUGAAGGGUUUGCAGCUUGAAGUUUGUGCGGAUCCGUCCAAGUUUCACCGUCAUUUCCGCAAGUCCUCUCAAACAAGAUCUUGGUUCUGGAGUCAACUGAGACUUCGGACUGGGGUGGGCGUGCAGCAUCACGUUCACAUUUUGGAAUAUCUACAGUUACUUCAACCGGUAUUCGAGAAGAUCUUCUUCCUGAUCUACUACCAGGCCCUGAUCGUAGCCGGAGCUGUGUUCUACGUAACCAUGCGGGACGAGUUCACUGUGUGCAGUGUUGCCGUCCUAAUGUGCAUGUCCAUUUCCGUCCUGGAGUGCUACUGGUGGUGCCAUCUGGUCGAUAGCUUCCAGGACGUGAACAACACCCUUUCGCACCACUUGACGAACCAGUGCUCCCAGCUGCCCCAUUCAGCAGAUCACCACUCGGAGUACGUCCAGAUGCGGACCACCUGCAUGAUCAUCGCGGAGCGGGCCCAUCGCGGGGUUGAGUUCAGCUGCGUCGGAAUGUUCACCAUAUCGACGGCUGCGUUUGCGAAUUUGCUCAACGUUUGCUAUUCGGUGCUGAUGUUCCUGAUAAAUGUGUGCGACAAGGUCGACCCGGUAAAGCAGUUUCAACUGUGGAUGGGGAGUAAAAUUUAGGUGGAUCAUUGUGAUUUACAGUUCAGACUCGAUUAUCCAAAGGCCUCGGCAAAGUUUCACUUCGAAUCACGAAAAAAUAUAGUUUUCUUUGUCUUAUUUUUGAUUGUCGAGCAUAAGUAUGACUCCUAAACUACUCUAAAGUGAUUAAGAAUUUUUAAAUCCAAAAUGGCGGUAAUGAAAUAUUGAAAAAUAACAUUUACAAUAUAAUAGGCAAUCAACUAAUAA